AUGUGUUUGUCAUUUGAUACUGAAAUACCAGCUUCAGAGCAACAUGUCGUUUCAGUCUGCACAUCAAAAGAAGAAAAUUUUAUUUUCAUUGACAGCAUUUGUUAUGCAUACUGUAGUACCUGUUUUGGGAGAAAAAUGUGAAAACCAAAGAAAUAACUGCUGUGCUGGAUACGUAUGGAGCAUCACCGAGGCACGUUGCAUAGGAUGUAUGGCGGGUUAUGGUGGUCUGAAUUGUGCAUUCCAGUGCCCGUAUCCACUGUACGGUUCAGGAUGUCAAAUGAUAUGUGAGUGUGAUAGAGCUACAUGUGACCGAACAUCUGGAUGUCUUGGAAUGAGCACCGAACGAGGACAAAUCAUAUAUACGGAACAGGACAAAGAGAUAAUAGUAACCAGUGAAAGUGUAUUUGUCAUGCAUACAGUAGCAUCUGUUUCCGGAGAGGAAUGUGAAAACGAAGGAAAUAAUUGCUGUGCUGGUUACGUAUGGAGCAUCACCGAGGAACGCUGUAUAGGAUGUAUGGCGGGUUAUGGCGGUCUGAAUUGUGCAUUCCAAUGUCCUUAUCCACUGUACGGUCCGGGAUGUCAAAGGAUAUGUGAGUGUGAUAGAGCUACAUGUGACCGAACUAGUGGCUGUCUUAGAACGAGCACCAAACAAGGACAAAUCAUAUAUACGAAAGAGGACAAAGGGAUAAUAGCAAGCAGUGAAAGUGUAUUUGUCAUGCAUACAGUAGCAUCUGUUUCCGGAGAGGAAUGUGAAAACGAAAGAAAUAAUUGCUGUGCUGGUUACGUAUGGAGCAUCACCGAGGAACGCUGUAUAGGAUGUAUGGCGGGUUAUGGCGGUUUAAAUUGUGCAUUCCAAUGCCCGUAUCCACUGUACGGUUCGGGAUGUCAAAUGAUAUGUGAGUGUGAUAGAGCUACAUGUGACCGAACAUCUGGAUGUCUUGGAAAGACUACCAAACAAGGCCAAAUUGUAUACACCGAACAGGACAAAGGAAAAAUAGGAACCAGCGAAAGCGGUAAGGUGUUUUAAUAUCAAAUCAGUUUAUCUAAUUAGAAAACAUACACGGUUUUAUCUAGUACUUGAUAAUGAUUUAGAAUUUCUUGACACAUUGUAAACAGGCAUGUAAUCAAUAUUGAAAACUUGGCAAAGUGGUAAUUGGUUGGAAAGAAAAGAAAAGUAGAAAUUGGGACUUAAAGCUUGUCAUUAACUCUCAAUUUAUCGUGGUACCUUUGUAACUCUAAAUGAUCACUUGCUCGAUGAAGUUCAUGGGUUUUAUCUUCUAAGGUGUGAAUAAGGGAAAUAUACUCUCCCCAAAAUCUCUCUUAAGGGAAUGGUCAUUAAAGCAAGAUUCUAAGUUGCACUGAAUGAACUUCUCUAAUCACAUUGCUGUAUGCGGAAAAUAUCCCCAAUAAUUGUUAAUAUUGAAGGUUUGCAGGUAAUGAGGAAUGUAAUUGAUGAGAGGAAUAAAACUUAAAGCCUUUUCAGCAAAUCCGUGAAAUUGUAUAUCACAAUUCCUGCUAUUCAAUAAACAAAAUUUUGUUCAAAUGACGGACAUUGGAUUACAAAUAUCCGGACAUUUAAUCAAAAGUCUAGUAUAGAUGAGUCGAUCAUUGGAAGACAAUAACUAAAUGAAAAAGUGAAGACAACGAAAAGUGAUCAAGCUCAUAACUCCUGUAACGAAUACAAAAUUAAGAGUUGGGCUAACACGGAUCGCUGGAUAUAGCAGGUGUGGGAUCAGGUGCCUUGGAGGAGUAAACACCCCCUGUCGACUGGUCCCACCCACCGGGAUCCCUAUAUUUUGAUCUGUUAAACGGAGUAAUCUUUGGUCAAAUAAGUGUGUAAAGAACGGUCUAACAAUUGGCAAACUAGAUCGUUAUAAUGACCAUAGCAUUUGCGAAAUGCUGUUUUUAAGCGAGACCGUUGAAACUCCUGAAACAUCAACUUCUUUGUCAGUAAAUGUCUUCCACGUGACGACAGUUGAUAGCGAUCAUAAAAAUUAAUCGAUUGGAAGAGCAGUGGAAUCUUAAUAAAAUCUACAAAUGAUAAUUUCACCGAUGCAGAAGAUACAAAUGGUAACAAACAUCUGUAAAAGUGACCCAGAAAAUCGAGAAACACUCAAGUACAUCAGGUAAUUCAGUUGUAAAAUAUUGUUCGAUUCAUAGACAGUCUAGUUAGUGAGAAUAUUUAAUGGUGCAAGUCAUAUGGUCUACUAAAACAAUCAAGUAGGUAAUGCCAGCAAUUUAGUACACGGACGUACGUAUGUACUCUACAAUAUCCGACGAAUCAUUUGUCGAGCAGAUAUUCUACUGCUUGCUGAAGAUAUUGUUAACUUUUCCAAACUGCAAUUUAUUUGAUGUGACUGUAAGUCUGUAUGUCUAUACACUGACAGUGUUUUGAUCAUUGCAUGUCGAGCUUUAAAAAGAGAAUGAAGAAAUGGACGUGAGUUACUAUGCACCACUUCUAUUACGUUGAUGAUUUUUCAUCUGUUUGAUGAGGAUGUUACUUUUUAACGUACAUCAAAUAAUGCACUCUAAAAAGGCAUAUAUGUAUUGUGGAUGUUAGUAAAAAACUUGAAAUGGAUUAAGUAAUCAGAGUGAAAGAGAAAUAAAUAUUCAGUUUAUAUCAGUAAGACAUCUAAUUUUACAUAGUUUAGUACUUUUAAUGUUGUAUUCGUUAUCUUCACUUGUUCAUUAAUAUUGUGUAUAUUCUUCCUGUUUCAGGAAUCAGUUAAGUCACAACACCUGUUUAUCCUGAAGUGCUGCAGAAACGUUGAGAGGUAUUGACGCUGAAACAAUAGCUGAAUACAAGUGUUUGCCAUGUGUUUCUGCUGGAUGCUGACAGAGUGCAGGCCAUUCUUCAAGUCCACACCAUGAUACAGGCACUCUCAGGGAUGCCUCUGAUUGUAAAAACUGUUUCUCCAGUAUGAGUGAAGAUGAAAAUGGCACCGUAUCAUUCCAGUUCAAUACCGAUACAUUAAAGUUCCUGUAGCAGUAUGACAGUUUUACAGAUUGUAUCGAGAAAUACACGAAUGGUACCUAUCCAGAUUUUACUUUCAUCAAUUCAACAGUUUACAGUGCAUGUGAGCACGAAUAUAGAGAACUCAAUCUUCACUUUGUGAACAUAAGGAAAACCUAUAAUGGUAACAUAUGCAUGGAUCUCGUUGAUAUGAAAAAAGAUUAAAGAAAACAAUUUCUGUAGAAGUGUCAAUUGUAAACCAUUCAGAGACAAACAACGUUAACCAUGUCCACAGAUAGUGUUGGAAUCUUAGGGAGAAAUACGGGCGAGAAGCACCCCAGGAGAAUGAGGAAAUUAUUAACUGCAUCCGAUCCUCAUAGUGAUACUGACCGUAAUGGUUCAUUGAAUACACCUGUACAAACAAUCAACAUGCCUGUUACUAGACAAAAUCUGUCUCCUCUGAAAAUUGCUUUUAUACACCAUUCCCAUCUGUCCGUCCGUCUGUCAAAUAUUUUUUGUGUGUGGGUCAUGUCUUUCAGACUCUGAUGAAACUUUGGACUAUCAAAUCUAGUCAGCUGGUGUA